UUUCAAUUUCCUUAUUAUCGUUGCCUUUACCAGCCGUGGACCGGGACCGAGUUUGAGAAGACCUUGGGACAGGGACUAAAAAAGGUUUUCUGUUAAACCGUGGACCGGGACCGGGACCGAGUUUGAGAAGACCUUGGGACAGGGACUAAAAAAGGUUUUCUGUUAAAGAUGAUGUACUUCAGUACUCUGGUGUGUUCCUUGUUGCUCGCUUCUGUCGAUUCAUUCCAAAUUUCCUGUGAGCAGGCAACAGAUGUGGAAAUUGGGAAAGAUGUCACCUUCAAUUGUACAUUUGAGUGCGAUGGCACAUGUACUCCAACAGUGAAAUGGGAGAAGGAUCAUGACGCUGGAAUCUUGUAUGAGUACAAAGAAAGUAAAAGUGAUUUCAGCAAACAGCAUGCCAACUACUCAGGAAGAAUUGAAGUUUCUACAGACUCAAUUAACAAUGGAAAAGUAUUUCUGACAUUGAAGAAUGUUAGUAUUUGGGAUGAAGGAACUUACAUUUUCAGAAUUAGCACUGAUGGUGGAUUCGGAAAGGAAGACGUUCAUCUAUCUGUUUGGGCUAAUAUGGAUGAUAUCCAUAUUUUCUGGGAAUCCGAUUCUGAAGUGCUGUCAUGUAUGUCUUCAGGGUGGUACCCUGCUCCAGAGGUUAAGUGGAAAGACAAAUUUGGGAAUGAUUUGAAUGAGCACAGUGAAAAAAUACUGAUGAGAGAAAGCAACGGAUAUUUCAAUGUGUCCCACAGUCUGAAACUAUUUGAUGAACAAAAUCAGUAUAUCUGCUCCAUAUGGCAUAAGUGGAUGGACAAGCCUAAGCAGACUCGAGUGAUAUUCUCAGAUGGAAAAAGCCUUAUCAGUGUGGAUGAUGGAGAGAAAUCGUCAGAUUUGUAAACAAGAAGAUGUGUUUCUCUAAACGCUGUCCUUACACCUUACAUGGAAAAUUCUGAUUUUUAUUUCUGCUUCUUUACUCUUGAUCAUGACGUGAUAAAUAAAUACUUUAGGUAGUGGAGAAAGUCUAAAGGUGAGUUGGGAAGAAAUGCAAUAGUUAUUUGUCCAUCUUUUACCUAAAGCUUCAGAGUAAAUUGCUCAGGCUUUGUGGCUUGUCCAUUUGAUGAGGUCUAAACAAUUGGCAUGAGUUUCAGACAGGCAUCGAGCAACAUGUAGAGAUGUUGGUCUGUACAGAUCCCUUUGACCAUAAGUUGAAUUUAUCCCACCAAUUGUCUUUUGAUACAUUUGAAGGAAGAGAUUUUAACCCUGCCCACCAGGUAGAAGACCAGGUCAAUGAGUGGCCACUCUUAAUUACCCUCUCUCUCCACAGCUGCACCCUUUCUGAUUCAAUUUACUACUUUCUUUGUCUCCAACUGCCCUUUUUAAAGCAGUUGUUAUCUUGGCAACUUUGGUCUCCAGCCUAUCUUGGACAUUCUUUUGUUCUCUCUACCCCUGCCCUUCUCUGCUUGUUUUCUUAUUUUUCCAGUUCUGGAACCUUGACGGGGGUCGUUGAUCCUGUUUCUCUGCCCAUUGAUGUUAUUUGACUUGCUGGGUGCUUUUUGCAUUUUUUGUUUUUGUUUUAGAUUUCCAAAGUCUGCAAUUUACUGCUUCAGUUUAGUAUCCAUAAUGUUAAUUGAAAUGUUAAUCACAUAUAGUUCUACUAAUGCUGAACGGAAAUUAGUUUUUUUGCCGAGUUUUAUUGCCUAGAAAGGCCGUUGGAGAUGGUUGUUGCAAAGUAGUACAAGAUUAAAGUAAAAUAAAGGAGUAAAAUAAAAUAAAGGAUUAAAGAAUUAACCAAAAUGACAAAAAUAUGAUUUGAUCUCCCUGGAAGAUAUAAAAAAAACAAAGAAAGAGGUGAUAGCUUUUCAAAAGAAGGGUCACUAACCUGAAUCAAGGACUCCAUGUGUUUGGCCCCUUGCCUGGCCACAAAUGCACCUGAUAAAAGUCUGAGGGACAGUCAACUUGGAAACCAACAGAAUGUAUGUACACGAAUGUGAAGUGGGUUACGUUUCCCAAGUUGGAACCCACACUAAAUGUUGUGUGUACAUUCCCACCCUGUAGGCAGUACAGAACUGCCAUUGCAUUUUCUUAGUUGGAAAAGCAGAGGAAGAAAUAAUGUGUUGAAUCGGGUGCACCAAAACAUUAGUCGUUGGGGGGAGCAGCAAUAGAAUGGGUUCUCUCACAAGUAAGGGAAAUGGCAGGAGAGUUGGAGAAACCUAAAAGGGAAAGUGGUAUGGAAGGUCAGCUUUUGUGUUUAGAAAGAGGAACUACAAUGCAGGGUUUUGAUGGGACUGGAGAAGUGUCUGCUGUUUGAUUUGGAUGGGGGAGUUCUGGGGAUACUAAAUAAGUCUAGCUGAGUUAAGUUGGGAUGACAUAAAACAGCAUAAAAGGGAGGUUUAUAGGUAUGAGAAAGGUGAUACAUUUCAGAUCAUGAUAUAUAUUCUGUGUAGGAGAAACAGCAGAAGUGUUUGGUAAUGGUCUGUGGUCUGUAAUGAAACACAAGGAAUCACAGCUGGUUGGCAGUGUGCCCUCUCCUGACAUGGCAUUUUAUUAAAAGGUUCUAUGCAAGCAAUAUGGUUUCAUACUGAGCCUUUUAAUAAAAUGACUGUCAGAUUUAAUUUGGGAGAACAUGACAGAAGCUAGUGUGUUGAGGAAGUUAGUUGUGCAUUGACGCCAAUAAGCAUUCAAAUAUAUACAAUGAUACAGAACUCAACAAUUUUGGAGAAGUAUCUGAAAUGAAGGAUGCCAGUGAGACUGUGUUUUAAUUGUGGCAUUUCUAUACUCAUUGCCCAUGAUUAAAGAGCAAUUGGGUUUAUUAUCCAAAAUUUCCUGUUCUUGCAUGACUAAUGCACUCAUUGGCAAGACUUCUUGGGUGUAUCUCAGUGGGGAAGUGAGCUUUAGAAAUAUAUUAAUCAUAAGCAACAGCCUCUAAUAUUCUUUGUUAGUAAUAGCAUAAUUUGAUUGUCAAAACUGCUAAUCAUAUAAAUAGCUGUUUUAAAUGCAUACUAUGUACUAUUGAAGUCCUAUAAAUGUAACUGUAAGCAUGAUGGAUGCUUGACCAAAGUAGGAAAUUCAAAGGUCAAGAGGGGAGAGUCAAUAGUUUAGUACUGUUUGUUAAAGAUGUUAUGGUCAGCAUAAGGAUGUUAAUUUGUGUUGGAACCUUGAGAACCAGGACCAUGGAUGAAAAAAGGUGAAGGGAGAGAGAAGUUACAAAUUGUAAGACUCCAGAUUUGUGCAACAUGAGGAGCUGAAAACAUUGAGAUAUCUGGGACCUUGUGUCUUGACUUGCAUGCAGAAUAUUAUGAACAUUGUGGAGCACAAGUGGGGUGGACUUAGUCUAUGAGUGAGAUACAGCUAUAAAUGAGUCUUUAUUCAAUCCAAGCAUUCAGGGAGAGGUGUACUGAUGGGCAUAUUUUAACAAUCUAAGGCCCUUAUCAUUCCUCUCCCUGCAUAUUUCUACUGCAUUGAAUAAAGACUCAUUUAUAGCUCUGUCUCAGAAUUCCAUUGGGUGUUUGAUGACAACAAAUAUUUUUCAGCAUUGCUUUGAAUUAAACAUGUAUGAAGACUGCUGGGAAUUGUCACACAAGUGUGAGUGAGAGUGCUGCUGGAUGUUAGUCAGUCAAUGUCUAUUCAAGAAAGUGAGAGCCGUGUGAGAUACAAGCCUUAUGUAUCAUUUAGUUCAAAGAUUAAUGUUUUACCGUAUGUCGCUUUAUUUGCAAAGAAUUAUUUGCAAAGAAUUAUUUGCAAAGAAUUAUUUGCAAAGAAUCUUGAAGAAAAAGCAAAAGUAUAAGUUCUAUUUUUCUCUAUUUUAAGCACUUAAUUUUAAUAAAAACAAAUUCUGUUCCA